GUAAAUCACGACAAUUGCGAGUGUUGUCGGAAUAACGCGCGGCCCCUCCCCGUCUCUCUCUCGAUCUCACCCGCGAGUGCUACACCGUCGCUUUUUCUUCCUCGAUUUCGCCUCUCCUCGUGAUCUCCUCACCGCGAUCUUUCCGCCGGCUUCCCUGUCGAUCGAGGUUGGAUCUCUCUCCUGCGGUCUGUCCGGCUACCCCGAGCUCCGCACCAACACGUCGACUCUCCCAAAGCGCCGCCGUAGGUUUUAAACUUGCCGGAAUGCUGGUUCGGAGAUGUUAUAGCAUAGAUUAUGAGAUUUCGUCUUCCAAGCAAUGGUGUCACUGGACAGUUAUUGUUUGUCAACUUUCUAUGACUUGAUCGCUGGGAUGGGUGAUAAACACUGAGGAGAUGUCAUUAAAGCUUCCUCAUGUUUUCCCUUUCUUUGGUGGCGGGAGAUGGUUUGAUGAUCAAAAGAGCAGCUCGUCUAGAAAACCUGGGUUCUCUCCAUCCUUCAAGCUACAAACAGAUAAAGAAGUCUACAGACCUGGGGAUUUUGUCACCGCAACAAUAGAGAUAAGCAAUCCUGGAAUUUCCAUGGAUACAAAUAUGGCUGAGUCAUCCAGCAAUGAGUUUUAUUCACUUUUGAUUGAUAACCUUGCUGUUGAAGUUAAAGGUGUUGAGAAGCUGGACAGCCAGUGGUUCUCCAUUAAGAAACCAUUGCCAGGAACGAAGCAGAAAAGAGGUGAAACAAUUUUUUUAGAUUGUACAGCACCAGCAACUGUUUCAAAAGUGAUAGUUUCUUCUGGACGUUCUAAGACAUAUAUGAUACGGGUUCAACUGCCUAUGAUCUUGCCCCCAUCAUACAGGGGUACCAGCAUUCGCUAUUUUUAUUACGUUCGUAGCACAAUCUCUGGAAGAUGGCUUGUAUUAGAAAACGGUCAUCAUGAUAAGUGGUCUGGAAAUGAUCUGAUUGAAAUGGAAUGUCGAGCUCCUUUGCAAGUAUGGGCGACUCAAAAAAACAACAACUUUUUGAAUGAUGAAGGAGCUUUAUUUUCUAAUGCUGUUCAAAUGGAUAUAUAUUGGAAAGAGAAGGAUGCAGAUUCUGAUUGGGUUCUAGCAAAUGAAUUUUUAGAUGGAUUUGAAGAAGGGUAUGAUAGUUCGAGGGAUGAGGUGUCCUCUGUUUCGUCUUAUACUCCUGCCAGAGGAAAUAUUGAUUUAGCUGUCAAAAAAUCUUUAUCCUCUGAGUCAAUCUCAGCAAGGCUCUCAAGUUCUGAAUACCAAUAUGCUCAAGGAGAGCGCUCCACUCAUCUGUCUUACAUGCCUCUUUCUAAGCUCUCCAUAGCCGAGGUCAUUGAUAAUUCUGAUGAACGUAUUGUCUUACCUCAUAAGAAACUUCAUCAUUCUUUAUGUUUGUACCCUCAUCAAAAGAAACUUUCAAGUUCUUUUGACGCUAGGGAUGAUGUUGCAUCAACAUUUGCCAGUAGAUGUGCUGAACCCCUGGCAUCAGAAGGCUUUAUUCGUGGAAGAUCCUACAACAUAAGGAUAGAUGACCAAGUCUUGCUCCGAUUCUCACCAAAGAACUCUGACUCAACUUAUUAUUUUGGUGACAUGAUUGGUGGUACUCUCACUUUCUUUCAUGAAGAGGGACCCAGGAAAUGCCUUGAGGUUUCAAUCACCUUGGAGAUAGCAGAAGUUAUCAAUCAACAAUAUGUUCAUCCUUCGAGGAAGAAUGCUCCUACAAUAACUAAGGUUCAAAAUGAUCACCAUGAGGUUGUUGCUGAUUUGGCGCAAACAAGCUUUAUUUUCUCAAUCCCUCGUGAUGGGCCCAUGUCCUUCUCCACUCCAUAUAUUUCCGUUCAAUGGUCUCUACGGUUUGAAUUUUUCACUACCCCGAUGCACGUGGACUUGAACAGGUACGAGCAUCCUCUGCUUGUUGAAAAAAGAGAAAAGGGCGAUUGGGUUCUUCCUAUUACUGUAUGUGCACCUCCACUUCGUGCUGAAGCCCCCCAUACCAGAAAUGAGAAGGCUUUUUCCGUUGGAAGUUUGUUUUCUUCUUGAAGUGCACAGGUCCCUUGAUGAAGCUAUCAUUGUUUGGUUGAUUGUGGCCUCUAGAUCAAGGAAAAUUCAAUGGCCUGCAAGCUCCUAUAAUUAGUGAAAUAUGGCAAUUGCCUUGUUGGAUGUUGCGAGGACAUGAUUCAUUUUGUUGCUGGCUUUCUGCAGGAGGAUCUCCAUAUCACAAGAUUUCAAUUCUUUUCCUUCCAGUUAGCUUUAUUUCUUUUUUUAAUUUUAUUUCAGGAACAAAAGACAAAUGAUGACAGUUUAAUUUUACACAGUGGUACGUGCUUCAUUCUCUCAAGUCUCGUUAGUUCAUUUUGCUUUGUAAAACGUCGUCUCCUCAUCAUAAUGCACAAUAUGUGGAUAAUAAGGCUGCGAUUUGGAAAUCAUUCCUUUAUCAA